AUGCUCGCCUCAGCUGCAAGCGAAUUUGACCCGGUCUACAUAGUCCGCCUUAAAGACCCACCCGUCGCCGCAUAUUCCGGCGGAAUCGGCGGCUACCCGGCCACCGCGCCCGCCGCCACCGCCGCGAUCGCGCUCGAUAAGCUAACGAAAUCGGCGACAAACGCGGCGAAGCAGCUGUGGAGAAAACGCACGAAGCUGAACGUUCGUGCGCCGAACGUGAAGGCGUUUGUGAAGUUUUUAAAGAAUCAGCAGACGAAGAUCGCGCAGGACGCGGGCGUUGCCGCGAGCAAGAUCAUCCACAGCUACACGCACGUGCAGAACGGGUUGGCAGCAGUGCUCUCGCCCAAGGAGGUCCGCGACCUGCAGGCGCAUCCGGACGUGGCGGCCGUCACGCAGAGCGUGCGCCUGGCGCCCUCCACCACGCAUUCCCCGCAGUUCCUGCGCCUUCCGCAGACUCUCUGGAAGUCCGCGGGCGGGGAGGCAUCUGCGGGGGAGGACGUGGUGAUUGGCGUGGUCGACACGGGGAUCUGGCCCGAGCACGCGUCGUUCGCCAACACGGCCGCAAACCCGUACGGCGACCCGCCGAAGACGUUCACGGGGGAGUGCGAGCCGACGCCUGACUUCCCGCGGACGAAGUGCAACGGCAAGCUGGUGGGCGCGCGCUAUUUCAAUGCCGCCUUCUACAAGCAAACCAAGGGAAAGAUUGACACCACCGAGGAUUACUCGUCUGCCCGCGAUACGAACGGCCAUGGCACGUGGUGCGCUAGUGCGGCGGCGGGCAACAAGGGAGUGGUCCUAGACGGCGACAUCAAAAUCAGCGGCAUGGCGCCGCGCGCGCGCCUCGCAGCGUACAAGGUCUUUUGGCGGAACAGCGACGGCGACUCGUGGGCCAACUCCGCGGACGUCAACGCAGCCGUCGAUUCCGCUGUGAUGGACGGUGUGGAUGUGAUCGGCCUGUCGCUCGGAGGCGUGAACCCCACCGGCACGUAUUUUGACGACAUGGCGACUCUCAACGCACUCGCCGCGGGCGUGGUGGUGGUGUUUGCAGCGGGCAAUGCGGGCAGUGUGCACCCGGCCAAGGGGGAGUACCGCCUGAUUGACAACUUCUCACCGUGGUACCUCUCCGUGGGAGCCAGCACCAUAAGCAUAUACACAGACAUGCUAGCCAAUGCCAUAGCCUCCCCGGCCAGUAAAACGGCCCUCACUGCUUCCGAUGAUGGCGAUGACAGCACCAACUCACAGACCACAGCUAGCACCUCUGGCAGUGGCAGCAGUGGCGGCAGUGGCGGCGGUGGCAGCAGUGGCAGCAGCGGUGCUGGCGCUGGUGGUGCUGCUGGUGCUGAUGCUGGUGGGGGUGCUGGUGCUGAUGCUCUUGCUGAUGCUGGAACGACCACCGAUUCAGUCUCUUCCAAGGAAUCCAAAGACAUAACCUUCUCCGAGUCAUACACUAAUCCUAACGAGGCGCCUAUUGUCGCGUUUUUCUCCUCCACUGGUCCUCUAGUCGCCCCAGCCGCUAUCCCCGCUUCCGGACGGCCCACUAACGACAUCCUUAAACCCGACAUCAUCGCUCCUGGCUUCCAGCUAUGGGGCGCCGCGCCCAGUCCCAAACUCACGGACUACGACAACUAUUUCAAGAGGCUCUCCGGGACGUCCAUGGCUACACCGCAUGUUGCGGGAAUCGUGGCGCUUAUUAUCCAGGAAAGGCCCACGUGGACUCCGGCGCAGAUCAUGUCGGCGAUUAUGACCACGGCGAGCGUGCGAAACAACAAGAAGAAGCCGAUUCGGGUCACGGUGGAAGGACGAGGCGAGCGCGUUGCGACUCCGUGGGAGAUGGGUGCAGGGCAUGUGAACCCUACGAGUGUUCUCGACCCUGGCUUGACAUACGACUCGAACCAGACGGAAUACAGAAACUUUCUCGCGGGUUUGGACUUUAACCUGGCGAAGUGGGAAUUUCGUUCGAUCGCUGUCUCGCCAAUCCGCGCGUGCAAUCUGAACCGUGCGUCCAUCAGUGUGUCGAAAGUUGCGAAGACCGAGUUUCUCGAUCGAGCCAGAGCAAACUGUAACCUACACGGUUACAUUUACAGUUAA